GACCACGAAGCUCUUGUGAUGCAUCUCGGGUAUAAAUUGCCACUUUUGAAGUACAGCACAGACUCGGCUGCGCCGUCUUGUGUAUACCUUCCCGUCUGCACUCUCGGCUCAGCAUGGCUGUGCGGUGCUUUGCCAGGCGGGCACUUACUCCGGCCCGCAAACCCGUCCAGAGGGCCGCCGGACGAGUCCCCGAUGUGAUUAAUUUCACGUCGCCUUCGCCGCCAGUCCGCUCCUUUUCUGCUGCCUCUGCUUGGGGCAAGCAAAAAGCACCUGAAGCCGAAGGAACGGACGAGGUUCAGCCAUGGUGGGAGUCGAGCUCAGGAUUCUUCUCGGCUUCACGCUUCGAUCCGCGGCAGCCCACCGGGGGCAACUUUCAUCAUUCACACGACUUGGCUGCAAGCACGAGCACCGUUGGAGCGGAUGCUUCGAGUGUUCCAAGUACAACUUACGGACCAAAGAUUGCAGCGCUACUUCAAGCAAUAUAUGCGGCGGGUCCUCAGAAGCCACCAGCUGACAAGGUCUGGGAUCUGUACUUAGCUCUGAGCGAGGGAGGAGAUGCAGCGCCGGCAGCACCGGCCACAGGCAGCUCAACCCUUCCCCUCACAGGUGAUCAGAGCGCUUCUGAAAAUUUCAACACUUCUCUCUUCGUACAUCUCGCUGGUGUGCACCAUCAGCAAGUGUUAAGAGCCAUCGCGCCAGAAGAGUCUGCCAACGGACCCCAGGGAUCACAGGUGGAGCUUCAGACUUUCAUCGAUCGAGCAUGGUACAUCUUUGGUCAGAUGCGUCAGCACUCCAUCAGCUCGUCCAUCGGCUCCUUUUUCGCCAAGUCAUUCGACAGCCCGGAAAGUACAAGGUUUGCCAAGGCUGGUCAGCUUCCUGCAACGUCCGACUACAAUUUCCUCCUGGGCAAAGCUGCUUCGCAAGGCCGUCUAAAUGUCCUAUUGGCCAUUUGGCAGGAUAUGCAGUCGCGAACCUCUUUAUCAGCGCGAGGGCAAGAGGCACAAUUGAGAACUCCUGCAGCCCAGCCAGAUAGGUGGACAUUUGAGCUGCUCAUGCAGGGGCUAUUUCGACACACAAAGGCUCAACUCGCCCGCAUCUAUCAACAGGACUCGGGGCCAAGAGCACCGAACGGUGACUCGAGAUCCCCUUGGCCGAAGAAUAGGCCGACGCUACAAUCUGUGAAGAACAAGGCUGUGGAGGCUGCCCUUCUUACCUCGCAAGGGAGGCAAGGCAGCUCAGAUGUAGCGAUCAAGGCGAGGCGCGCAUCAUUACUCGCCGCGGAGAGAUGCUUCAGUCUCAUUCACAGUAUGCAGGCGCAGUCCAUCGACGCAACGACAUUGACGCUGGACAUGGCUGCUAGAAUGUUGCGCUUGGCAGGGGACAUGCCGGCAUUCAAGCGGCUGCUAAAGGACUUUUUCGCGCUCGAUUUGUCGAAUCCGGAUGGCGCGACUCGUCUGGUGACGACAGCGCGGCCUCCCAAUGUGCACACGCUCAACACGAUCCUCAUGGCUCUGGGUGAAUUCGGGACCGUGCCCCAGAUGAUUGUGGCGUACGAGACCAUCUCGCGGCCUUUACUUGCUUCAACCACAGAUUCUACCGGGUUACCAGCAGCAGCAUCGUGGGGGCAGGAGGACGAUGGGAUCCUCGGCGACGAUGGGACUGUUGCUGCUGUCACAGCAAUUGCGGACGCAGGUGGGCAAGCGUCCGGCAGGCUUUUCCAGCUAGACUGGAGUGCUCUGUCUCGCAAAGAUGCAAGCGCCCCCGAAGCAAGCACCCUCCAGUUCUCGCCUUUGCAGUCAUCUUCACCUGUCACCCCGUAUGCGUCGCCGCGACAGAUCCAUCCCAUUACCAAGACAUUCAGCACGAUGAUCCGACAUGCCCUGACGCCAAUGGAUAUCGAGCGUGUCGCCAUGUUCAACAUUGGCAGCGGCGAGCGCUCGUCGCACAAGCAUGCACUCCGUGCCGCUGCCGAAGAGCAAAGGCGGCGGUCCGCGGGUGACUAUCUGCUCCUGGUGAAGAGUCUUCUGCGCGAAGUCAUCGAUCUAGUUCGUGAUGCGACGAACAGGAUUGAACGCCACGUUGCAGAUUGCACCACUGCCGCUCCUGCGACGACUUCGUCGCUGAAUCCCGAGGUUCUUGCGCAACACCUCCUGCCUGCUACCGAGAUGCUUGCUCCUGUCUUUUCUUUUGCGUCACGGACUCAGUCGCGAGGAAUACUUUCAUGGCUGGAGAACUUUGCUCAGACUGCCUUGCACACCGUUCGGGAGCAAGCGGACGUUCUCCAGGCGGCUCGCCACUCGCUGCUCUCCAACGCUAGCACUAGUGCGUCGACCCCAGGCGCGACAGCGACCUCCGCGUUCCUGGCAGGAAUUGAAGUGCAGCUGUCACACCUGCAGCGAACGGAGGACGACCUCGUUCUGAUGAUCGAUAAGCGCAUCCGGCCACGACUCAUCUCGCUAGCAGCCAAACGGAGGCGUGGCAUGCUGCGGCGCGCCGAGCGCAGACUUGCGACCGAGGCAGAGCAGCGUGCGCGUGCUGCAGAGGAGGCGCGCUUGGCAGAAGAAGAGAAAAGGCAGCAGACAAUCGCAAAAGAACAGCGAAAAGCCGCGGCUCGAAAUGCCGCACCCGUGGAAUACGCGGCUGAGGUGCAUUUUGCUCCUGCCGGGUAAUCUCAUGAUUGUAGCGUAGAUGACCGCGUUUCAUGUAGCAAUCCUACCUUAUCAAAAGUG